ACACAUUUCCAAUCUAGACCAGUGUUAUUACUGCUAUUUCUAACUUCAUCAACUACCAACAGACUUUCUUAUUACCUUCAUUUACUCAAUCUGGGUUCCAUGGCUGAAUUUAAACUACUCCACUCUUACUACUGCUUCCUCUUCUUCAUUACUUUAAUCUCCCUAGUAACCAUUUCUUGUCCACAAGCUACAUAUAGUGAUGACCAACAAUGGAUAGAGGAGGAAAAGCUUGAGGGUGAUAUCAAUAUUGUUCAAACUAGAGGAUUUUCACGAAACAGGAGCUGCGAUUUAUCAUCUGGAGAAUGGGUUUACGAUCGAUCCUACCCUCUCUAUGAUUCGGGUACAUGUCCCUAUAUAAGUACAGCAUUUAGUUGUCAACCGAAUGGACGACCCGAUUUUGAUUACGAGAAAUGGAGGUGGAAACCAUUUGGCUGUUCAAUUCCAAGGUUUCAUGCACUUGAUUUUCUUGGGAGAAUGAGAAGGAAAAGGAUAAUGCUGGUCGGGGAUUCUAUCACAAGGAACCAGUGGGAAUCUUUAGUAUGUUUGAUCCAAGCAGUGAUUCCGCAGGAUAGAAAGACCGUCACGUAUGACGGUCCAACCAUGGCAUUCCAUGCAAAGGAUUUCGACACAACAAUUGAGUUCUGUUGGGCUCCAUUCCUAGUGGCACUGAAAGAAGGAGGAAACAAAGAAAGAAUUCUACAUUUGGAUUCCAUUGAAGAAAAUGCGAAAUACUGGAGAGGCAUCGAUGUUUUAGUAUUCGAUUCAGCUCACUGGUGGAUGCACCUCGGCAGAUGGAGUUCGUGGGAAUUUUACAUGGAAGGAAGGAGCAUAAUGACAAACUUAAAUCCAAUGGUUGCUUAUGAAAUAGGGCUUACUACAUGGGCAAAAUGGGUCGAUUUAAAUCUCAAUCCACGGGAAACGCGUAUCAUUUUUCGAAGUAUCUCGCCUCGACAUAACAGAGAAUUUGGCUGGAAAUGCAACAACCAAAGAGAACCUCUCAAGUUCUUUAAUCAUCAACAAUCUCCUCAAAUACCUGAGCAACUUCUAGUUCUGAAAAAAAUACUGAAGAAGAUGAAUUUUCCAGUUUACUUGCAAGAUAUAACAAGAAUGUCAGCUCUCCGGCUAGACGGUCAUCCUUCAAUUUAUGCGCGCGAGGUAGAGCAUCAUCGACGUAAUAAGAGGAUAAAACAACCCAUAAGUUACUACUAUUCAGAUUGCAGUCACUGGUGCCUUCCCGGUGUUCCUGAUGCUUGGAAUGAAAUGUUGAAUGCGAUACUUUAAAAGUCUGAUAAGAACAAUAGAAAAGAAAGAAAAACUACUAGAUACGUGUUUCUCUUGAGUGCCGUUUAAGUUUUAUUAUCACUGUCAUAAUUUCUUCACUCUUUCAAGCAGUGGGAAAAAUGAUUUCAUGUGUAACUUUUAA